AUGCUUAGUCCAGAAGUAUGGAAUUUCAAAUCACCUCAACAUCAUUUUUCUACUGAAAAAAGAAAUUACAGGAAUACUAAUGUACCGAACAUAGUUGAGUCACAUUAUUUUAACCAUUCUGUAUCCUUGGUACUUCCUGAUACAGUUAGAAUUCCGGAUGAAUUGCGAGCUUGUAUUUCCGAAGAUAGUGAUUAUUAUCGAAUUAAUAGACUAAAUAUAUUUGAAUUAUUAAACAAAGAAUUCAUUGAAGCAUUUAUCAAAAAAGGAGAGUUGACGCUUUUAACAAUUAGAAAUAAAAUAGAUUUAGACAGUACAGUUGCCAUUACUCCAUCUGGGCAUUUGGUAUUAUCUUUGUUAAUAGAGGACUUUCAAAAACUUGGUUUAGAAGGCAAAGUUUCCUUCUUUGAUCGUAAAGUACAUACACGUUAUGUCUCGACUAUUGAUUUAAAAUCCGAAAGUUUUACACCUGGCAAGAAGAAUUAUGAACAUAUUCAAACAUCAUUGAAGGAGCGUUUUAAUAAAAGAUUUGAUGUAAUUGUGUCAUGGAACCCACCAGAUGAAAAUUUGUGUCCUUCAUCUGUGGCAGCAUGGUUUCAUGAACACAAGUAUAAUGUAUUUCUUUGUCAACAAACUUUUUUACAACGAACUGAAUAUUCUUUACCAAUACCAAUAAUUUCAAAUGAAUUCGAUAACGAUAAAUUUUUUGAAUGGCUUGGAGUUCUUAGUAUCUGUGGUGACUUGAAAAAUGAUCAAAAAAAUGAUUAUGUAAAUACAUAUAAAUGUCCAUCCCCAAGUAUAAAUGUUGGUCAAGUACAGUACUUACAAUGGACUGGUUUUUUCACGAGGAAACAAAUAAAAAAUAUAUACAAUGUCAUGAAGGAAUAUGUAUCAAUGAAAGAUACUUUACCUUGGGGUGCUUUACAUGUGCAAGGAUUUUUAGAUAGUCCUGUUAGUUGGGAUUUAAAGGAACAUACAUUUUAUACAGAUGGCGAUAAUAGUUAUACUAUUGUAUUUAGACCAGCUGCUCAUUCUAUUAUACGAAAAAGUCUAAGUUCAAACAACAAACCAAGAAUUUUUCAGUAA